AUGAGUGAUACUGAAGAUACUGAAACCUCCAGCUCUAGUUCCAGUUCAAGUGAGUCCGAUUCUAAUUCCAGCGGAGACGAAGACGAGCGAGCAAAGAAGCUCAGAAGAAUCGCGUUGGCAAAACGACGAGCUGAAAAACGAAAGAAGAAACAGGAAGCUGAUCAAGGUGCUGUUGUUAAUUCUGAUGCACAGGUUAUUACCACCCAACCUGUUGUCUUCACUCAGGGCGCUUGGGUUCGACCGGAUCUUUGUGGACUUUGCUUUGAUAGUCUUAUGUGCUACGCUUGCUGGUGUACCCCUUGUGCUCGCGCAGAAGUUGCUGAAAUGAUGGGCGGAAGCUACGCCGGAGCAUUUCUCUUUUGCAUGUUUUUCCCUUGUUUUGCUUUUUGCACUCUUUGUAGCGAGCGAGACCGAAUUCGUAUGAGAUUCAACAUCCCGAAGACUGAUGGCUGCUGUACCGUUAUGUGCUGCAACACCUGCGUCAUGGCUCAACACAUGUACCAACUUCGAGCGGUGCGGGUCGUCCCGCAAUAUCCACCAGCAUUUUAUUACUAA